CAUGAUUCUUCCCCUUUGUGUGAUCAACCCACCACACAUAACCAUUUUCUUCUCAUGUACCUAUCCUCCAGUAUCAAAAUCUCUCUAACAUAGUUCUAUACAAGUCACAUAUAAAAGCAUCUGCAUGGCCUUUUCUUCCAUGCCGUACUAGCUAUAGCAAGUGUACAUUUCCAAGAAAAUGUCGAUAAUUGCAGAAGCACCGGGUUACAUCCAAGUUUUUUCUGAUGGCACAGUGAAGCGAUUCGAGCCAGAAAUAUCUACUGCAUCAAUUGAGCCUUGCAAUGGCUACAAGUCUAAGGAUGUGGUCAUUGACCCCUUGAAACCAAUAUUUGGUAGAAUGUACCUUCCUGAAUCAAGUGUACUUCACCAGCAGUUUCCUGUUCUUGUCUACUUCCACGGUGGGGGAUUUUGCAUUGGCUCAACUACGUGGCUCGGUUACCAUAUUUUUCUUGGUGAUUUAAGUGUUGCUUCCAAAUGUAUUGUUCUUUCAGUAGACUAUCGUCUUGCACCAGAAAAUAGACUUCCUACAGCUUACGAAGAUUGUUAUUCUGCAUUGGAAUGGUUGAUCAACAAUUUAGAAAUUGAACCGUGGCUGAAAAGGGCGUAUCUUUCUCAGGUUUUCCUCUCUGGGGACAGUGCUGGAGGCAAUAUAGUUCAUCAGGUUGCUAUCCGGGCGAUUAGAAGUGAAGUUUUUUGUGGUAGACUAAAGGGGUUGCUACCCAUUCAUCCAUAUUUCGGGAGUGAAAAGAGGACUGAAUUAGAGAUGGCUAAUGGAUCAGCAGGGGAUGUGGAGAUGAACGACAUGUUUUGGAGACUAAGCUUGCCUCGAGGAUCAAAUCGUGAUUAUUUUGGAUGUAAUUUUGAGAAUGCUGAACUAUCUAUGGCUGAAUGGUCUCUGUUUCCAGCAGUCAUUGUUUUUGUUGCUGGCUUGGACUUCUUGAAAGAAAGGGGAGUCAUGUAUGCCGAAUUCUUGAAGAAGAAAGGUGUGAAAACAGUGAAGGUGGUUGAAGCCGAGGAACAAGUUCAUGUUCAUCAUGUGUUUCAUCCUGAAUCAGAGGCUACUCGUUUGCUUCAGAGUCAAAUGAGUGAUUUCAUAAAUAGUUUCUAAGGAAAUAAGCAGUCAAAUGAUUCUUAACUUUUCUGACAGAAGAAUUUUAUCAAGAGGGUUGUUUGUACUUUCUAGUUUGAGAAAAGCUGGAAACUUCAAAGACUGGCUAUAGGCCACUUUAAAUUGUCUACCUAAAUUAUUUUUUUUCUACUACCUUUCUUGUAUGUUACUUGUCAUUACUAUGGUGUUUUGACUCAGUUUCUUUUCCUCCA